UGCUAGGGAACAGCACUGAGGCAGUGAAGCAUCCAAGCUACUAAUGUUAGGAUUGGAGGUCAGAAGCUGCUCUAUGGGGAGAAAGGGAAGCCUUUUAAUGGACUAAGCCAGGAGUGUGCCUUGCUUUCCCUCCUCACCCACUCCCCAUUCUUUCUUUUUUUCCUGCAAAGGGUAUUGCUUUCGAUGACAAUACCAGACCCUAAGAGGCCGACAGUCUGGAUACAGCAUGACAGGGCAGACUGCAGAACCUCUUUCUUCCUGUCUUACCAGGAGGUUGUGAGGGCUGCUGAAGAUGUCAAAUAGUCUGGAUGCUGAAGAGAAACCUCCAGCCCCUCCACUGAGAAUGAACAGCAACAACCGCGAUUCUUCAGCAGUGAACCACGGCUCCAAACCUCUCCCCAUGGCUCCAGAAGAGAAGAACAAGAAAGCUCGGCUCCGUUCCAUCUUUCCAGGAGGGGACAAAACCAAUAAGAAGAAGGAGAAAGAACGUCCUGAAAUCUCUCUCCCUUCAGACUUCGAGCACACGAUCCAUGUGGGGUUUGAUGCAGUCACUGGGGAAUUCACACCAGAUCUCUAUGGCUCACAGAUGUGCACAGGGAAGUUUCCAGAGGGGAUUCCGGAGCAGUGGGCUAGGCUGCUGCAGACCUCCAAUAUAACAAAACUGGAACAGAAGAAGAACCCUCAAGCUGUUCUGGAUGUCCUCAAAUUCUAUGAUUCCAAAGAGACAGUAAACAACCAGAAAUAUAUGAGCUUUACAUCCGGAGAUAAAAGUGCCCAUGGAUAUAUCGCAGCCCAUCCUUCGAGCACAAAGACUGCAUCAGAACCUCCACUGGCUCCCCCAGUUUCCGAAGAGGAGGAUGAGGAAGAUGAUGAUGAUGAUGAUGACAAUGAGCCACCACCUGUUAUUGCCCCACGACCAGAGCAUACAAAAUCAAUUUACACACGUUCUGUCAUUGAACCUGUUGCGGCUCCAGCCCCAGUGAAGGAACCUACAACCCCUCAGCCUGAGAAUUCCAACUCAAACACCUUGUAUAGAAAUACAGAUCGGCAGCGGAAAAAAUCCAAGAUGACUGAUGAGGAGAUCCUAGAGAAAUUAAAAUUUCAUAGAAGUGUAGAGUUGGAAGGGACCCCGAGGGUCAACUUCAGGCCCCAGAAGCGCAGUUUGCAUGAAGACACCAAACCCAAGUUGAUUCAUCUGAUUCAACAGUUGAAAACGGGAAGCAUUGUAAGUGUUGGAGACCCGAAAAAGAAAUAUACAAGGUUUGAAAAAAUUGGCCAGGGAGCUUCAGGUACAGUUUAUACAGCGAUAGACGUUGCCACAGGGCAGGAGGUGGCUAUAAAGCAAAUGAAUCUCCAGCAGCAACCCAAAAAGGAAUUAAUAAUCAAUGAGAUCCUGGUCAUGAGGGAAAAUAAGAAUUCCAACAUAGUUAACUACUUAGAUAGUUACCUUGUUGGUGAUGAACUUUGGGUGGUAAUGGAGUACUUGGCUGGUGGCUCUUUGACUGACGUUGUUACAGAAACCUGCAUGGAUGAAGGGCAGAUAGCUGCUGUCUGUAGAGAGUGCCUGCAAGCUCUGGAUUUCUUGCAUUCAAACCAAGUGAUCCAUAGAGACAUCAAGAGUGACAACAUUCUUCUUGGGAUGGAUGGAUCUGUCAAACUCACUGACUUCGGCUUCUGUGCUCAGAUCACUCCCGAGCAGAGUAAACGGAGCACAAUGGUGGGAACCCCCUACUGGAUGGCUCCUGAAGUGGUGACAAGAAAGGCAUAUGGGCCCAAAGUGGACAUCUGGUCUUUAGGGAUCAUGGCCAUAGAAAUGGUGGAAGGAGAACCUCCAUAUCUCAAUGAAAAUCCUCUCAGGGCCUUGUAUUUGAUAGCUACAAAUGGGACUCCAGAACUCCAGAAUCCUGAGAGACUCUCUGCUGUUUUCCGAGACUUUCUGAACCGCUGCCUGGAGAUGGAUGUUGACAGGCGAGGGUCUGCGAAAGAGCUCUUGCAGCACCCGUUUUUAAAACUGGCCAAGCCGCUCUCCAGCCUGACUCCCUUGAUCAUCGCAGCCAAGGAGGCCAUAAAGAACAGUAGUCGCUAGAGCGCUGAGCCGCGUGUGCCCAAUUCCUCUACGGCAGGACUGGACAAAUACUAAGUAGAGCCUCAGACUCUUCUGCCGGAGGAUGGGCAGGCAGAAACCGACACUCUCACAGUCCAUUGGGGGAGGGAGGGAGGCAGCAGCCUUCUGCCCCUUCCCCUGGAAAAGAAACCUAUCACGUACCUUUUCCCCACUCUACAAUUCCCCAAUUUAUUUCUGAAUGGGAGCCUGAUUGAGAGGGACAGGACUGGAAGCCUCUGUGCUCUUUUGGCCGUUUCCAGAGCACCGAUGGCACAGCCCAACCAGCACUCAACCAGGCAGAAGUGAUAGGCCCAAACAUCCUGCCCUCCCCGUUUUUUAUUUUUGUUUUUUGUUUUUGUGGGGCAAGGGGGGCUGAAUUUGUGGCCUCUUUCACCCUGGUUGUUGGGAGAGACCCAAACUGUUUGCAAACCACUGGUCUGUUUGCUUGUCAUGAGAUGAGGAGGAUCAUGAAGGAGCUUGCUUUAUUUAACCAAAAGAAAAAGAAAGAAUCAUAGAACCAUAUAAAUAUAAGGGGCCCUGAGGGUCAAGAAAGAAAGAAAGAAAAAUUAAUACUAAAUCAAGAAGCAGGUCAGUCUCAGCAUCCUCUCUGAGAGUUUAUGCUUCGAAAUACAGAAUACAGAUAGCGAUUGCAUUCCUGGACAGCCUGGCGAGGGUGUCAUGAAUAUUGGUGCUUUUGUGUUGGUGAGUUUUCCCUUCCCAAAGCAAAACAGACAAAUAGAAGCAUAUAAACCACAUUUAUGUAACACUGCUGUUGUGAGUAUGUGGCAGUGGGACCAUUCCUGCCUGGUGUCCAUUCGCUUCUCCAUAAUGCUGAGCAGCUCCUCUCCGAAGGACUGAAACAGAAGGCCACCUUUCUGCUUCUUAUUCCAUAGCUGCUCCAUAGAUUGGUGGAACUGGACUCGCUGUCCCCAGUUUAAGAUAACACCCCAGUGCUAACCACACACACAAACUUGGGAGAAAUUCCCUUUGAUUUCAGGACAGCAACAAGGCAGGCCAUCACCUCCAUCCAUGAUGGUGCUGCCUUGAAGGACAGAAUCUCAUACAAUGUUAGUGUAAUUGAAUCUAGGAGGAAGAUGGGGAAUCUGUGGGCCUCCAGAUGUUGUCGGACUACAACUCCCACCAUCCAUGACCAGCAGUCAUGUUCAUCACAAUGGACAUGAGGCUGCUGAGAGCAAGUGUGGUGUAGUGGAUAAGAGCGGUAGACUCGUAAUCUGGUGAACCAGGUUCAAUUCCCUGCUCCUCCACAUGCAGCUGCUGGGUGAACUUGGGCUAGUCACACUUCUUUUAAGUCUCUCAGCCCCACGCACCUCAUAGAGUGUUUGUUGUGAGGGAGGAAGGGAAAGGAGAAUGUUAGCCGCUUUGAGACUCCUUCAGGUAGUGAUAAAGUGGGAUAUCAAAUCCAAACUCUUUUUCCUCUUCUCUUCUUUUGAUGGGAGUGGGAGCUCAACUCAACUCAACUCAACUGCAGGUUCCCUGUCUCUAGUCUAAGGGAAAUCCAUUCUCAUUAUGAUGCUGUUAAUGGAAUUUGUCAUUUCCCCUAGAAAACUGAAAGCCACCAGACUGCAUAUCUAGCAAUCCCAUUGAAUAGGCUUUGUAAAGGGGCUAAUAAUAAUGAAGAAUUCCACAAGACUGUUGUGUCUACUGUAAGGUUCGGCCUUCUUGAACAUUACCGCCCAUGCAGAAUGGGAAAUGUGACUGAAAAUAAGUAGUUAAGAGAACAGGAACUGCAGCAGUGUACAGCUUGGUGGGAAGAUUUCUUUCUUUUCUCUUCCCACAAGCCUGUUGUGAUCUGUGACCUGAAUUGCAGAAGAUUGAAUCUUGAACAUCUAGACUCCCUGCAGUCUAGCUUUGACUGUGAAUAUUUGUUAAAGCAGCAUAUUAGCUUUUGUUUAAACAAUUAGUUUUUCUGUUUCCUCCAACCUGAGUUGGGCAGAUCUAGUUAUCUUUUCUCAAAAAGAAAGAAAGAAAAAAAGGUUGGUUUGGAAUCCUUAUUUCUAGAGUUGCCAGAUAUUUUACUGCCUUUCCUCCCCACCCCUGCAUUUCUGAGAGCAGCUCAAUCUGCUGAAAUUAGCAAUGGAUAAUCAUACUUGUCUCUGUGCUCUGAGAAGCCUCGCCUCCUGAUUCCUGUGCAUCAAGCUGCUCUUAAAAGUACAGGAAUUGCCCAGGCUGUGGAUAGUCUUACUUGUUGCCAGAAGUGACUUGCUGGGGGGGGGGGGUGAAGCUGCUUUUCUAGCCUACUGGCAAGUGGGUCACUGUUGUUUUCCAGGAGAGGGAAGAGUGAGGCGGUGGAGAAGUCAGCAUGGUGCAAACACAUUGGUGGAGCCAAUGCUGACCUCCCCACCAUCUCUCCCUCCUAGUGAGCAACAGCAACAGUGACCCACCUGCUGGGAAGUUAGCAAGAGUGGCUGUGCAGCGAGCUACUUCCACUUGUUCCUUAUUUUAAGAACAGUGCUGUGGGCAGUGCUACGCCUGCUGUUGCUGGGAGUGUGUACAGACGGGAGAUUGCUUGCAGUCCAGGGAGGAAGACAAAAGGAGGAGGAAGAGGGCAAUAGGUUUAAAUUGUUGAUGUUUAUGCUUUUCAGAGGCAGGGACAGUCAUCAUCUCUUGGAAGUGCCCCAUUUGACAUGCUGUAUCCAUCUUUGGGUGCAUUUCAUCCCAUCUCAGCCAUUCUCCAUUCUAGUUCAGUGCCGCUCUCUGUGUUGUAAAUGUUCUUAAUGUUGCCCAUUGGUGGCAGCAACAGUGGCUGCCGCCUUCUGUCUUUGUUUCUUGGGGACUGUGCUGAAGAAGUGCUGCAUUUUUUAUGAUAACUCUCUUUCUGCUGAUGCUAAGAUGUUGCUCUAUUGGGGAUCGGGGUCCCUCUGGAAAACAAUGUGGCAACUUUCUAGAUUUUUAUUUUAUUUUAAAUCUGCCUAGAUAUCUAGAUAUAUUUUUUAUUUUACUUGACUGUAGAAAGAUGCAUUGCUGCUUAAGGACACUCUGUAAUUUGGGAAAUGGGCCAAAGUGUCAAUCACCCACUAUUUUACUAAUCUAUCCAAUAAAAACUGUUUUGCCAGCAAA